AUGUCCGACAAAGGAAGGGCUUCGCGACCCGACGUGGCUGGUAGUUUUGCCAUGGAGGCGGCCACCAACAUGCACACGUGUUUCUACAGGAGUGGCUACGACAUUUCAGUACCUCUUGCUCCCAGACAGGUGCUCCACGAUCUGGCCAACGUUUCCCCUCUGGAUCGGGAGUUCUUCCUAACAACAAAGUGUACAUUAUAUAUUAGCGGCCACGGUUCGGAGGAAAGGAUUAGUCUUUUACCGCUGCAAGACGAAGAAAACGGCGUGGUAGUAACCAUGCACUGCUUCGAGGAGCACCAAGAGCACUUACUUCCAGAGAAUGCUGAGUUCUGCCAAGCGCUGAAAGACCAGUAUGAAGGCUACGACUACCGAAGCCUGAUGAACUCAACGUUCGGGCUGGUACCAGCUGGACGGGGUCCCGCCACGUACCGACUCGGGGAAGUGAUGAGCGCUGGGUCGAUCCCCGUGUUCGUUGGCCGGGACCUAGUUCCUCCAUUCAUGGAACAAAUCGACUGGCCUUCGAUUUCUUUCGCGUUUACGCCGGACGAAGUGGAGUCGCGCAUGAUGAGCACGUUGCUGGCGGUUCCACCAGCGCAGCUUGAGGAAAUGCAGCGCAAGUCGCUCGAGGCCUAUGGGAGGAUGUUCGGGGCGGACGUGAAUGACUUCCGCCCAAGCGCUAGAAUCAUUCUUGGCAUUCUUCGCAGGCGGCUAGGACACCGGCGGACGCGAUGA